CUUGUCCAUUCUCUCCUUUGGCACCGUGGAAGGCAGAAACUUGUGCGGCUGAUUUUCCACUGCGUAACGCAGACGGUAGUUUUCAUCCGAGCAAUUCUUCUGACGGUCUUCUUGCGCUGUGAAAGUGGAGAUGAACCAGUUCAACGUAUUCCGCAAGGCAUAAAAGUUGUGGAUGGUUACUUUCGCGCACAAAUAUUUUAAGGACAAUAUUAUCUCCAAAAGUUGCAGGUUUAUACAGGAGCCGGUCAAAUUCUUCCCUCAGCGAAAAUAUCCUCAACAGGCAGGCUGGAAGACCAUCCACCCGGGAGAUCACAGCGAAUCCGAAGAGCGCAGAUGAUCGCAACUGGUGUUUGUGGCGUCGCGCUGGUUCUGGGGUUGGUGGUCCUGAUUCCGGUGGUGGUGAACUCCGCCGGAACUCCUGCCCGCUACGAGAUGCUCGGAUCCUGUCAAAUGGUGUGUGACUCCCACGGGACCGCGGCUACGGCUACAGCCAAGGCAACCAACCCGAUCAAAGACAACCGCCUAGUUCAGUCUCUUCCUACGUUCAUCCAGGGUCCUCAAGGAGAGCCGGGACGCGUCGGGAGGGUGGGUCCCAGGGGUCCGGUGGGCGAACCCGGGCCACCUGGACCUGCUGGUCCGCCCGGGGAGAGAGGGCAGCCUGGCUCUCCGGGUCCACCCGGGGCACCUGGAGCAAAUGGGCCAAACGGUGCCAUCAGCGCAGCCACUUACAACACCGUUCCCAAGAUAGCCUUUUAUGCAGGACUAAAGAAGCAGCACGAGGGAUAUGAAAUACUGAAAUUUGACGACGUCGUUACAAACCUUGGAAACCACUAUGAUCCCUCUACGGGAAAAUUCACCUGUUCAAUACCGGGGAUUUACUUCUUUGUUUACCAUGUGCUGAUGAGAGGCGGGGAUGGAACAAGUAUGUGGGCUGACCUCUGUAAAAACAACCAGGUGAGAGCCAGCGCCAUCGCCCAAGACGCCGACCAGAACUACGACUACGCCAGCAACAGUGUUGUUCUUCAUCUGGAGCCCGGGGACGAAAUUUAUAUUAAGCUGGACGGCGGGAAAGCGCACGGGGGCAACAACAACAAGUACAGCACCUUCUCCGGCUUCAUGUUGUACGCUGAUUGAAACACGGGGAGUUUUGCUGAAGAGGAGAGGAAAGAAAGAAAAAAAGAACUGCUCUGCAUAUAGCUUGCUUCACUGCUCGUGCUCAGUUCAAUGUCAGCUGGAUUAUUAGAGACAGAGCUCAACGUUUCUAUAAUUCAACAGAAUCAACAGUGAUGUGGAGGAGGUCAUGCAAAAAGAAAACUGUGCUGGGCAACAGCGAAGAGCUGACAGUGUAAUUACAAAAUAAAAUAACAGUUUUAAUUUGUACAGCACCCAGUUGUACCCUUGUCAGAUUGAUUAGUGUCGCUAGUGCACCCUGAAUGAAAUAUUGUGCUUUAUAACUUUGCUGAUAUCUCAAACAAACGGUAGCUCCUGUGUUACCAUAUCCCAGUGACUGUAGAUGGAAAGUUUAAUGUAAUGACUCAAGUAUCAAUAUUAUAUUCACAUGGUAACUACACUGCUUACAGUGCUGGUAAACCAUUUGUGUGCUUUAUUUAAAAAAAAACAAAAAAAAAACGUGUCACAGUUGUUGAAAUUUGGAUGAAAAAGCUGUAGUUCUGCAUGUUUAAUCAAAAUGACAUUUUAAACACUGUGCAACAUUAAGAGACUUUCAAGAGAAAAAGAAAAACACCUGUAAAGGGCCAUCCAUGCACAAGCACAAAUUCAUCACUGUAACUCAUUUUUCUUGCGUGUCAACAUGGCAUCUGGUUGGGACAACAUGGUGGUCUGGUGGUUAGUCACAAAACUGGACAGCCACACUGACAGAUAUGUUAUAUAACGUUCAUCAAUCUGCUUGCUGAUUAUUAAACUCCUCCAGAGCUGACUGUCAGUUAAAAUGUAAAAUGUAGUGUGAUAUUAAAUCCUCAGUCUCACUUUGUAA